AUGGUAUUUCUGAUCCAUUACUAUCCUGGUUUAGUUCCGGAUAGAACCCAACAAGUUAAGAUCAAUGUUUUUUUGUCAGAUCCUUUUCCAGUUCCUACAGGUGUCCCCCAGGGUAGUCACAUUUCUUCCUUGCUGUUUACCAUAUUUAUUAUUUAUGUUGGUUCAUGUUUUAGAUACUGUGAUCACUUAUUUUUCACGGAUGACAUCAAAUUAUCCGCUACUGUUUUUUCACCCGUAGACUGUUCUCGUAUUCAAUCAGAUCUGGAUAACUUGUUUGUUUGGUGCCUUGAUAACGGUCUGAAACUAAACACUUCUAAAUGUUUGAAAAUAUCUUACACCCGUUCACGGAUUAAAAUAGACCAUGACUAUUAUAUCCACGAUGAAAAAUUAGUUGAACCUUCUUUUUCCUAUCACAUUGAAAAAUCAUGCGCUAAAGCUUUAAAAGUACUUGGCUUCUUAGUCAAAAGUGCUCAGGAGUUUAAUAAUGAAUUAUGCCUCCAAACUUUAUAUGAAUCACUAGUCAGACCUCUCUUAGAGUUUUGUUCGGUCUUAUGGAACCUAUCACAAAUUUCUAUAAUAUAG